AUGCCAGAACUAAUGUUCCCUUCCCACCUCUUGAUCCAGCUUCUCCGCCAUCUCUACACUCAGCUUUCUCUCUGCGGCCACUACUGCUCUCUUCGCAAUCCCUGCUAUGUCGCUCACCAGUCUCUGCGCCCAAUCCACGCUUUUCGGCUAGUUUCGACGGAGUUCAGUCGCGCUUUUCUGAGCUUUGCGUCUUUUAAGGAGACACAGUUCUUCCAACAGGUCGAGGAGGUAUACUACCCAUACGAAUGGCACAUCAACACACGCGUACGUCGUGCGGCCCUCCUUGGGCGCUUCCGGGUGUUCUGGACAAUUGACACGGACAGCGGUGACCGCGGUGUCUUCAGAGCGUACGAUUUUGGGUCUGAGAAAGGGUGCAAGCAGGCAACGGAGGUCAUCGUCAAGGCUUGGAAAGACCCGGAGGACCUAGAGUGUUGGACGGAACGUCGUGCGUACGAAAUUCUGGGUUGCAAUGCCCACGUACCGUCGGUCGUCGCCAGCACAUAUGAUGGCCAUUGCCAGGCUUAUGCGCUAGCUCUCGAGAAGCUGGGACCCUCCUUGGAGGACCUCCUGAACCUCGAGCCAAAUAAACGCCUCGACGAAAGGACCGUCCUCGCUGCGGCCAUCCAGCUGCUCGAGAUCUACAGCGCCUUGCACAACCUCAACGUCGUACACAACGGAGUCAAGCCCGCGAACAUCUGCUUGGCGGGACCCGAAGGCUCCUCGACAAGUCUCCAUCUGAUCGACUUCGGACUCUCCUACUUCCUGAACCAGUCCACCCCGGUCGCAGACCGCGCAAACACGGUGGGAAACCGGGUCUUCCUGAGCGUCUUCGGGCAUCAUGGUAUUACCCAAUCCCAGAGAGACGACCUCGAGUCGCUUGGCUACCUAUUCUCGUUCCUCUACCACGGUUCUUUACCGUGGUUCGACCCUUUGCGGUCUUCGAGACGGCGCCGAGCGGCAAGUUCCCUGCCUGCUCCAAAGAUAUGGAGCAUCAAGGCAUCGACGACUGCGUCUGUGCUCUUCCAAGGCAUGCACCCGUGUUUUCAGCGCUACUGGAAGGACGUCAAGUGUCUUGCAUUUGGCGAGCGGCCGGAAUAUUCGGUCUUGAAGUCUUAUUUUAUAGAUGCUUGGGAAGAGAAGGAACUCGGAGGAACACCUGGAGAAUCUAAUUGGGUCGCCCGUUGGAACGGGCUGAAGAAUGAAAAUAGCGGUCAGAAACAGUUCCUCUUGGGCUAA